UCUGUCUCCAGAGCCUGAGGAAGCCUUGAGGUCAGCGAUGCCCCGGCGAGGAGCAGCAGAAGUGCAAAUAAUAUUUUUGUUAACGCCUCUUGAAAUCGCAUCUGCGCAGUGCGCACAACCAACUGGACAGGCAAGUCAUUGGAUUGGUGGUUCUGUGAGAUCUGUUUGUUUUUUGUGUUUUCUUAUGGGACCAAAUCAGCAACCAAAAAACUUCCAACACCUUGUAAUUACCCUGAACUGGUUGAGAAGGCGCCCUGCAAUGAAGUAGCCUAACUACAUUCACAGAAGAAAACAAACUGGAUUGAAGGCCAACAUUGACCUGCUCAGGGCAAUCAAUAGCCUACUACACGUCCCUUACAAAGUGGUCGUUUUCACAUUGUGUGUACAUCACGAUAGAAUGAUAGGCCUACAUGACAUGCGUUGCCUAUAUGACUGGGAUAUUUGCCCAACGCACGAUCAAGGCAACACUGUUUCUUUGCUUUGGAAUACGUACUGCUGCAAAGCGCAAAGAUAUGCGUAAUACGUCUUUCUUUUACGACAGCUAAGAGAGAAGAGUAAACAAUGAUCAAUUGUUCAGCAGAAAUUCACUUAACUCGGACCUGAUUUCGACAAACAGGACAUAAAUGGCUUGUGCCACAGAGAUGGCGCUUUGUCCCACCGUUACGCUCUCCAAUGGAUUGAAAAUACCAAUACUUGGUUUGGGGACUUCGCAUGACGGUGGAUAUUCUCACGACGCAGUUGUGUACGCACUGAGGGAAUGUGGUGUGAGGCACAUCGACACAGCCAAACGCUACGGGUGUGAGGAACACCUGUCAAAAUCCAUUCAGCAGAGUGGUGUCUUAAGGCAGGAUCUGUGGUUGACAACUAAAUUAUGGCCUGGGGAUUAUGGAUAUAGAACCACCAAAGAAGCUUGCAGAGCGUCAUGUGGCAGACUGGGAGUGGAGUACCUUGACCUUUACUUGAUGCACUGGCCUGACUGCAUGACUCCUGGUCGAUCCAACAGGGAGAUGCGAGCAGAGACGUGGCGGGCACUUGAAGAACUUUAUGAUGAAGGUGUAUGCAGGGCAAUUGGAGUGAGCAACUUUCUGAUUCAACACUUGGAGGAGCUAAAAGAAGAUUGCAGCAUAGUGCCUCAUGUUAACCAGGUGGAGUACCACCCCUUUCAGCAGCCUGAGGAGAUUGUGCAAUACUGUCGCCAACAGGGGAUCGUGUUUGAGGGGUACUGCCCACUGGCAAAGGGCCAGGCCCUGAGUCAUCCUACUAUUCUCAAGAUGGCCAAGAAAUAUGAGCGCACUCCUUCCCAGAUCUGCAUACGCUGGAGCACACAGAAUGGAGUUGUUACAAUACCAAAGUCCACAAAGAAAGAAAGGAUUCUGGAGAACUGUAAAGCCUUCAGGUUCUCCCUCUCAGAAGAGGAUGUGGCAACUAUCAGCGGACUGAACUGUCACAAGAAACUGAUCCAUUUGAGUUACCCUCUCUGGAAAGGAUAACAUUAUUUUUUGUGUACCAAUCCAAUAACAACAAGAAUUACCGGUGAGAACUCUGAUAUUCAGAGCAGGGUAAUAAGUUCAUAUAUACACAAUAUACAUAUAGACUACAAGUCCCCGCAUUUCACAACGGUCAAAAAAAGAAGAGAUUUUAGAAGAGUAUCAGAAAUAUCACUGACCUGGGGGAAACAAAAACGUGCCUUAAGCUUGUAUCAUGCUGCCUAUUUCACCUGGGGGAAAAACAUGUGCCUUAUGCUUGUAUCAUGCUGCCUGUUUUAGUAAAAUAUAUCCUGAUUAUUACCUACAUAUUGUAUCAUUAUCCCAAUAGCUAGCCAAGGUUGUUUCAAAUAAACUUAAACUAAGGGAAAUGUUUCAUGGAUGGCUGCCAUUCUGUUUGUAAUGCAUUAGUUGUUCAUUGGAAAAUAAAUGCAUAAAAUAAAACCUGCAGUGACUAGCUGACCACCAUGGGACCUGC